AUGAAUGCAAUUGUUUCCCUCGUCCACUUCUGCGAGGUUGAUGGACCAAGCGUAAUAUUCUGUACCCAAGCCUUUCACAAGAAAGUGGUGGAAGACUACGCUGACGGUCUCUCCGUGAGCAGCGGAGAAAUUUUUCCUGAUCGACCUCUCAACGAAAGUCCCAGAGAAAAUGGGAUUCAGGCGAAUAGAAAGGAGCCUUCGAACAUUGGCAGGCCUGCGCCUGCCUCUUGUGCAUCGUGUGCAUUCGUUUUACCUCCAAUGAAUACGUCCGGUGACGCAAAAGUACCGAGCGCAUAUGAAAUAAAGGGUUUCAGAACGGACGACGACGAAAACCCAAUGGUCACUUAUAUUGGCUCCAGGUAUCCGCAACACUCUCAAUUGUAUGCUGCGGUGAGACAAGCAUGUGUGAGAAGUUUGAGCUGCGAGUUCUGUUGUCAGGGAAGGGAAGGUCCCGUCUUGUUCGGAGAUGACAAAGACGGAUAUGUGCUCAGCUACAUGUUUAAGAUCAAGGACAAUAAUGCGAGGGGGUUUCAACGAUGGUACAGCUUUAUCUUUUUAAUGACGGAUCGCGUCUACCUAGUUGCGUCGUGGCCGUUUCUCGUCAGUAAAUUUCGUACCCUCGCGACGAGUUUGCAGUCAAGAGCGAAUCAAGUUUUUGAGAAAGAAAAUGCGGCACGCGAGAGUAGACAAGAUGACUCAUUUCUAUCCCGUUCUGGUCCAAUUUCGCCAACAUCUCCAGACCUAUUUCUCAGACGAAGAUCGAAGCAACCUUUGAGAUCCCUGGUGGACCUGCUGAAAACAAAAGACUUUUAUGUUCUGCUCCACGCUAAUUUUAGUUGGAUACUGAAGGCCUGCGGGAGACGUCUACAGGAGAGGCACUUGAAUGAUCAAAAAUUGGUGAUUGUUGGAAAUAUUGAUUCUUGCGCCUUUUCGCAAAAAACAAAGUUGCUCCUUGACCCGAUCUAUUGUUAUGAUGCCAAAGGAACGAAUUCAAACUCUUCAUCCUGCUCGACCGACGAAUUUGACACCAGAAUCGAUCACAUAAAAGAUCUGUACGAUCUGCUAGGGGUUCAAACAUUCAGGAAAUUGGUUUUAAACUUCGCUCGAGGUAACCAAAUGAUCAUAAGAAGCUCGGAGCCUACCUUCGUCAAAUCCGUCGUUACUAUACUUAAGGAUUUGAUGCCGAGUGAAUAUUGCGAAGUACUUGAAGAUGCGAACGAAUACCAGCCCUUGACCGAAUGCAACAUACUGGGUCUCGAUGAAACAAUAAAAAUACCAGAUGAGAUUGACAAAUCAACCAUCUGUCUCGCAACAAAGUUUGAUCUAAAAUUUGGCGUGGAAGAAAGUGAUGUGGGGAUCAACGACAUGGAUAAUUUAUACAUCAAUCAAUUGUCGGGAAUACUAAAACUGAACUUGCAAAUCGAAUUCAUUAGCAUAAGACUAUUGAUAUUUAGGGAACAAUGGUCAAGCAAAGCCAAGCAAUAUCGCAGAUUCAUUAUGGGUGGUAACGAAAAUUGCAAUCUGGACAAAGAAAGGGAAAUAGCAAAAGCAUUGGACAUUAACGAAAUUGAUUUACCCAUAAUUAGAUUUCUAUCAGGUUACUCCAAAAUAAG